AUGCUGUGGGGAGUCGUAGGAGUCGUCUGUCUCGGUUUCUUCUCCCUCGUCGCAGUUGUAACAUACAACGUCUUCUUUCAUCCACUACGAGCGUACCCUGGCCCCAAGUCAUGGGCUGCCACCCGCCUCCCUUACACGAGGUCUUACCUAUCCGGCCAAGUUCAUCGCAGGAUCCUAGAACUUCAUCAGGAGUACGGACCGAUAGUUCGAGUCGCCCCCAACGAGCUCGCGUACAGCCACCCCGACGCUUGGAAGGACUUGCACGGACACCUUAAGAACGGCACUGGAGACCACGGCAGAGACCCCAUCUUCACUCGCGACAGCAGGGAAAGUAUUAUCGGAGGAAACCGCGAAGAUCAUUCUCGAUACCGACGAGCCCUAUCGCACGGAUUUUCAGCUCAGUCUAUGUUCGAUCAGCAGCCGAUUAUCAGGAAAUAUGUGGACUUACUCUUCCAACGGCUUCACGAAAACUGUGCCGGAGGAUCCAAGCCGUUGAACAUGGUCGCGUGGUACAACUGGACUACGUUUGAUGUCAUUGGAGAUCUAGCAUUCGGGGAACCUUUCGGCUGUCUGGAUAACAGUGACUACCACCCAUGGGUCAAGAUCCUGUUCGACGGCAUCAAGCAAGGCGCUUUCAAGAACAACAUCAGGCGCUACCCCCUUAUUGAGAGCAUCCUGAUGAAGUUCAUCCCGGCUGGCCUCAAGAACAAGCGAGAACAACAUCUUCAACUUACCCAAGAAAAGUUUUCCAAGAGACUUUCCGCACAGACAGAACGACCGGACUUCAUGGACUCAAUGACACGGAAGAAGGGAGAUCAGGGACUCACAUUUGACGAGUUGCGCGCGAACUCCUCGACACUCAUCAUUGCCGGCUCUGAGACCACCGCGACGGCACUCUCGGCCAUUACCUACUACCUCACGACCAAUACCAACGCGCUCAAGAAGCUGAACGAUGAAGUUCGCUCUGCAUUCGGAUCGGAGGACGAAAUCGACAUGGUUAGUGUGCAGAAGCUUCAAUACAUGCAGGCCGUCAUCAACGAGGGUCUUCGUAUGUAUCCUCCAGUCCCAACUGGCAUCAUGCGCAGAGUGUCUGAGGGUGAUGGUUUCUUCCUGGGCCAAUAUGUGCCGAAAGGCUCUCUGGUCCAGGUUUGGCACUGGCCUACCUUCCACAAUCCUGCCCAUUUCACGCUGCCCGACUCUUUCAUCCCUGAAAGAUGGCUUGACGACCCUCGAUUCGCUGGAGACAAGAAAACCUCUUUUGAACCGUUCUCCGUAGGACCGAGAAACUGUAUUGGACGAAACCUCGCAUACGCGGAGAUGCGCCUGAUUCUGGCGAGAAUGGUCUGGAACUUUGACUUGAGAAUCUCUGAGGAGAGCAGAGGUUGGGACGAGAAGAGUCAAGUAUAUCUUCUCUGGGAGAAGGGACCCGUCAACAUGUACCUCACACCGAGAAAAACAGGCUGA